UCAAGCGAAGGGUGACCGCCCGCCGAGACUCCGCGUGUGGAUGGUCACCUCAUUACGGGACAACUCCUAUUGCAACAUGUCCCUCUGGGGAUUCGCAGUUCCUCGCUUUCUGCUGUUACUGAUUUGUCUGCCAGUGACAGAGUCCAAUCUACAGGAAGUCCUCGGUGUCUUAGAUCUACCGUUCACUCAGGAUGAAGAGGCGCAUCUCCAGAAGAACCACAUCGGCAUUCUGGUCUCUGCGGUUCUGCUGGCGGUCAACUGCCCAGAGAGGAUUGGUGCUUCUCAAGAAGUCUGUGACAAGUGCCUGCCGCCGGACAUCACCCUGUCUGUUCUAGAAGAUAACGGAAAGGCAUACCUGAUUGAAGACGACUUCCAGCGCCUCUCUGUUCUUCUGCUAUACUUCAUCGUUAACCUGCGAGAUGUGUGCCAGUCGUCCUCUCCCGUCCGUAGCUACGAGUUCUACCUCCUCGCUCUCACCGAUCUCCACACAGCAGAGGAUAGCAAUGUCCUAUCGUUAGGUGAACUUGAGAGCAUUCUUCAGAUCAUCAACCAGCACAGCAACCCAUCCAUCCAAGAAAGUUCUACCUUGUCCGACUUCCAGUGUGUUGACGCUGCUCACCUUCUAGAAGACGCUAAUGCUAAAGAUGGUGCCAGUGGGACGUCUGUGGCCAAAAUGUCCGCUGCCGUCAUCAGUCACCUCUUGCAGGGUCACUGUUUCGCUCAAAGGAACCUCCCUCCGCCGGCUUUCUUUACCAACUACAUCUUCCAGUCCCUCAAUCGCACCAGUGAACUGGAAGUUUUAGAUCUAGAGGAGCUACUUCACCAGCUCGGCGUCGGCAGAGAAGGAAAGAAGCCGCACGCUCACGAUAGGAAGAGACGAAGCGCACAGUUGGCACAUUCACUGGAUGCUUGUGAUCAUGAAGAAGGAAACUGGGCACAGGUCUGUUUUUCAGCCAAUCAGCUGGUGUAUAUUUUUGCUCUGGGCCCUCAACUACUUAUUUCCAAGGAGCACUUUGGACAAAUGUGUCCAGCUAUCAUCCAGCAGUUGCUUGUCAAGGCGUGCGAUUCUGAAGAGCAGGACGCAAGAGACUCCCAUCAACCCACUGCUUUUGAGAAGUACGGCUACAGUACGGCAGCGGUGAUGCUCAUCACGCUAGGUUCCAUGCUUGGCAUCUGCCUCAUCUUCUUCAACUCCUGCCAGGAGACCUACACCCUCAUCCUGCAGCUUUUUGUGGGUCUAGCCGUGGGGACCCUCUCUGGUGACGCCCUCCUGCAUCUAAUUCCACAAAUCCUCGACCUUCACAUGCACGACGAGGAACAUCUCCCUGAGCAGAAGGACUACCUGUGGAAAAUUGUCGGCGUGGUUGCCGGUAUCUACGGCUUCUUCCUCAUGGAAAGGCUCUUCUUCUUCUUGGUCCCUCAGCAUGUUCAUAGCCAUUCUCGCGGUAACUCUGAAACGCCGUCCCGGACGGGAAAGUCGAUCUCUACCAUACAGCUGCAGGGACCUUUAGAUGAGGAAGCAGAAACAUCUCCAGAGAGAAGGCCUUCAAAAGAGAAUCGCGGCGUCCCCCUUCUAGCCGUGAUGGUCAUCGUUGGCGACGGCCUCCACAACUUUGCGGACGGCCUGGCGGUGGGCGCCGCCUUCUCUUCGUCGCCCGAAACCGGCAUGGCGACAACCGUGGCCAUUUUGUGCCACGAGAUCCCCCACGAGAUGGGGGAUUUCGCGGUACUGUUGAGCUCUGGACUUCCCAUAAAAACGGCCAUGAUCAUGAAUUUUAUCAGCGCUCUAACGGCUUUCGCUGGCCUCUACAUUGGACUUUUUGUCUCAGCUGAAGUACACGUGCAACAGUGGAUCUUUGCGGUCACAGCGGGGAUUUUCCUCUACUUGUCACUGGUUGAGAUGCUUCCCGAGAUGAGUCGCUGUCAGAGCGGGCGACCGGUUACUGCGUUCCUGCUGCAGAACGUAGGCCUCCUGUCGGGUUGGGCGUGUCUCCUGCUGCUCGCGUUAUAUGAACAUGAGCUCAAAUUCUGAUACUUCGGUUUCUAUUGUGACAAUAAAUGACUGUUUUGAGGUUAAAAGCAUCUCUUUUGUGAGGCUUACCGUGGAGCAAGAGAAGUCUGGCAGCCCGGCAGGCUUGUAAAAAGCACUGUGAGAAACCCUGUAGAGAGGAAAAAAUAGCUUGCUUUCAUUUGUAAUCAUCAUAAGAGUCAUCAAGGUCAUUUCAAUGUGUUAAAUAUUGUUUUUUUUCUGAAAAAACUGAUAUUAUCUUGGAAAAAGAACAUUUUUCUAAAUAAAUAGGAUUGUUUUCUUAUCAUGGGAUUUUUUUCUCUCACAUAUUAACUGGGGUUGUUCCGAUCAUGUUUUUUUGCUCCCUAUCCGAUCCCGAUCGUUUUAGUUUGAGUAUCUGCCGAUCCCGAUAUUUCCCGAUCCGAUUGCUUUUUUUAAACUCCUGAUUCAAUUCCAAUACAUUCCCGAUAAUUUUUCCCGAUCAUAUACAUUUUGGCAAUGCAUUAAGAAAAAAAUGAAUAAAACUCGAACGAAUAUAUACAUUCAACAUACAGUACAUAAGUACUGUAUUUGUUUAUUAUGACAAUAAAUCCUCAAGAUGGCAUUUACAUUAUGAACAUUCUUUCUGUAAGAGGGAUCCACGGAUAGAAAGACUUGUAAUUCUUAAAGGAUGAAUGUGACUUUGCAUAUUGUGACUAAAUAUUGCCAUCUAGUGUAUCCGUUGAGCUUUCAGUAAAUGAUACUGUAGCCAUUUAACUUCUGC